GCAAACCUUCGAGAAAGUCAUCGACGACAAUCAUCCAAAAUGGGCAAGGUUCACGGAAGUUUGGCUCGUGCCGGCAAGGUCAAGUCUCAGACCCCCAAGGUCGAGAAGCAGGAGAAGAAGAAGGUCCCUAAGGGCCGCGCGGGAAAGAGGCUCAAGUACACCCGCCGUUUCGUCAACAUCACCCUGACUGGCGGCAAGCGCAAGAUGAACCCCAACCCCGGCUCCUAAAUUCCCCGCCACGACCAAAUCAAAUCCGGCAAUCUCUGGGGACGUUUUCCGAAAACGUUGAUCAUGCCGCGGGAAGCCUUCUUUGGGGACGGUGGGAGCAGGGCCUGGUGAUGCCGAGGGUCCGAUCAUUGAAGGGACGAGAUCUGGCGCUGCGAAAAUCACCAGGCAGCGGCCAACCUUGGCUUUGGCUUUAUGGCACGGCACGUCAUUUCGCACUCUGGGAACGGGAAACGGGUCUACUGGCAUUUUUGCGAUGCGUCUCUUGUACGUUCAAUCGACGCUCGAUAGGGAAUACCUCGACAAUUCUCUGCAAGUCCGUGAUCACUCAUCGCCACGGAGACUAUACCAUAGAGCUUAUUGGCUCGUGAGCCUCGAGAACGCGAUCCUCCCGUGACUUACGGUACGGGUUUGUACAG